GAGAGAAAAGAAGAAGGGCCGGAAUGCAAAAUCGACAUGGGGGUUAAAUCCCUAGCCGCCGCGGCCAGGCCGGCGUGGCGGCGCGCCGCGAAGCUCGCUGCUGCCCCGUGCCCCCGACCUGCUGCUGCUGCCGCCCAUCCUCCACUCCGCCGGGCAGUGGACUGCUGCUGCUCCUCCUCGUCUCCUCCAAACUGCAGCAAAAGAACAGCGAUUCCGGCGAGCACGACGACCACCUGAGACCUCUUCCCCUUCUCCAACUCCUGCUGCACCUUCACCUGGGUUAACCCCAUCCAAUUCUCUCCCUUUCCCCCUAUAGUUUGCAUGUUUCUAAGUGAAUGAGUAGAGAACUUGUUUCCCGCUGCAUGCCAAGUGUUUGAUGUAAUGUUCACAUGGAUUAGAAACAAAUUUCACUCUGUCCCUGUCUACUUCUUUGCUAAUCUUGUCCAAUUCGUGAAUUGUGUGAGAUAUUGCAUCAUCACCUGUCAUUGUGACUAUAUAAUUGUCCUUGUCAUGAGAUAUGUGUGUGCUUUGUACUAGUGAGAGUAGUUUAAUUUUCUGUGAUAUUAUACAUGUUUGUGCCCUGUUAUGUGAUUCUUUCCCAUACCUCAACAACUUGCUUCUCUCCCUGACUUUUAUGUUUGCUCGUGAGAUUACUUGUUGUCCUUGUUCAUUGUCUUUGAAAUUCUGCCCCUGUCCUUGAUGUAUGCUUGUUUUAGAGCUCCUGAAUAAUUAUUUUUCCUAGUUUUUACAUCUGUCCAGUGUUGUUUGAGUUCAAGAAAAAUCACAAAAAUAUUGUUUAGUGCUAGUUUGUUGCAUUUAUUUUCGGUUUGCAUAUUAUCCCUGUGAUUGAUUCACCUAGCUUUAGUCCUAACUUGAUUGUUAAUCGCCUAGUCCCUGUGGAGAACUUCAUUUAUAUUACUGCUAAAACUACAGUCUGAUCAGUGCGCGAGGAAGAAGAAAGAGGAGGAGAAUCGGGAUCUAGAUAUUAUCCAUUGGGUAAAUUAGGUAAUGGGUAAUUGCGGGUAGGGUAAAUAUGGGGAAUUCCUUUUCUGGGUACGGGUAGGGCAAAAUAUGGGUGUACCCGCAGGGGCGGAGCUGGGCCUGGUGCUACCCGGGCUGUAGCACCGGUCCAGCAAAUGUCCACAAAGGAGCGGAAAUAAAAAAAGAAGCCCAAACCAGUAUAAGCUAGGCAUUAGCACCACUCGGCCCAAUGUAGCACCAUGCCUGGCGGUGGCGGGCGUGGAGAGGUCUUCUGCGCAGGCUCCAGGCGUCUCCUCGGCUCCUCCGAAAAAUAAUCCCACGACCAGUCGACCACGAACCCUAUUUCCCCAAUUCUGCAAGCACGAGUCUCCAAGGUACACGAAGGCAGCGCGCGAUCUCCACCCGCCUCCGGCCUCGCCUCUCAGUUGAUCUCGCCCCAAUUCCCCAUUGAGUUUGGUAGAUAUGGAGAGAUAUUUUCCAAUAGAUGUCUCCAUCAAAAGUUCAGUGACACACAAAAAAGCACGCAUUGAACUUGAUAUGGAUGAUAUUGUUGCUGAUCCGGGGCUUCGAAAACCAAUUGAUGAGUUUGAUCCUAAUAUCAGAGAUGAAGCUAAGAGAGCAUAUUUGUCUAUUGGUCCAUGUCAACCACGUGGCCAUAAAUUUGAGAAGAAAUGGCAAGGGGAUCAAUGGAGGGUUUUUGUAAAAACAUGGUUUGAUAGAUUUGAUUGGCUAGGGUACAGUGUGAAAAAUCAGGCAGCUUAUUGCUUCUACUGUUAUCUCUUUAAGCCCCCAAGGAUCAGUAAUUGGGGAAAUGAUACAUUCACCAAAACUGGUUAUGAUAAUUGGAGAAGAGGAAUGGAAAGUUUCAAUGCUCAUGUUGGAGGACCUAGCAAUGCUCACAACAUGGCAAGGAAGUGUGCCGCUGAUUUCAAAAAUCAGAGACAAAGUGUGGCUCAUGUAUGGUCUGAGAAAAGCACGGAGAAGGAGGAAAAAAUAUAAAGCUCGCCUGAUUAUUAUUUUAGGUGUUGUAAGGUUUCUUCUUUUACAAGCUCUUCCUUUUCAUGGACACGAUGAGUCCUCAAGCUCAAGCAAUAAGGGUAAUUUUUUGGAGAUGUUGGGAUGGUACAAAGACAAGGAUCCGAAAGCAGCGAGUGUUCUUGGUGAUAAUGCUCCUGGGAAUUGUCAAAUGACUUCCCCUGUUAUACAAAAGAAUAUAGUGAAGGUUUGUGCACAUGAGACAAGGAAUGCAAUUAUGCUUCAGUUGGGAGGGCGUCGUUUUGCAGUGCUUGUUGAUGAGUCUCGUGACAAAUCAAUAAAAGAGCAAAUGGCGGUGAUUUUGAGGUAUGUCAAUGGUGAAGGACAUGUGAUUGAGAGGUUUCUUGGGAUUAAGCAUGUUUCUGAUACUACAUCAUCUUCUCUUAAGAUAGCGUUGGAUGCUAUGUUUGCAAAGCAUGGUUUAUCUAUUUCUCAAUUGCGAGGGCAAGGAUAUGAUGGAGCCUCAAACAUGAGAGCUAGUGGUUGUUUCAGUAGCCAAGUGUUGUACUUCUGUUGAGGAUUUCUUUAACUAUGCCACUAUGCUUGUCAACACGGUGAGUGCUUCUUGUAAGCGGAAGGAUCAACUUCUCCAAGACCACCAUGAUAAAAUUGUGGACAAAUUGGAGAAUGGUGAAAUAUUUUCAGGAAGAGGAAAAAACCAAGCUACUAGUCUUGCAAGGCCUGGUGAUACAUGAUGGGGCACACAUCAUAAGACUUUGGUUUGUCUUCAACUAAUGUGGACAUCUGUACUGGAGGUAUUGGAAAAUAUAUGUGAAGACGGAGACAGUGAGCAAAGAACAAAAGCAUCAGGUUUAAUAGAAAGGAUGGAACACUUUGAAUUUGUACUUGUACUGCAUCUUAUGAUCCGAGUGUUGGGGAAGACCCAAGAGCUGUCACAGUGCUUGCAAAGGAAACAUCAGAAUAUUGUUCGCGCCGUUGGAUUGAUUGGAUCAGUAUUGAAGAAUAUGAACGAGAUGAGGGCCAAUGGUUGGGAUGAGCUGUUUGAAGAAGUGAAGGGCUUUUGUCUCGAAAGGAAAAUAAUUGUGCCAAAUAUGGAGGAUACAAUACCACUGAGGGGCAGAUCAAGAGGUCGUGGUGCAAAGUUAGUAAGUUACUACCAUCAUUUUCAUCAUGGUAUUUUCAAUGUUGUCCUUGACCAAAUUCUGGUUGAGUUAAAUAAUUGUUUUCCUGAAAAAUCAACUCAGCUAUUGAGAUGUAUUGCUUGUCUUAAUCCCAAGAAUUCUUUUGCCAACUUCGAUGGAGACAAAUUAAUUGAGCUUGCGAAGAUUUAUGUGGCUGAUUUUUCAGAAUAUGAUUGUGUUACUCUUAGGGAUCAACUCGCCACAUUUGUCGUUGAUGUCAGAAGUGAUGAAGAGUUCUCUAAAUGCAAUGAUCUUGGAAAUCUUGCCGUGACUAUGGUUCAAACUGAUCGACACACAUGCUAUCCAUUGGUGUAUCGCCUAAUUGAACUUGCCUUGAUUUUGCCCGUUGCUACUGCAACAGUUGAGCGUGCAUUUUCAGCUAUGAAUAUUAUCAAGACUGAGCUGAGAAAUAAAAUGAAUGAUGAAUGGAUGAAUGAUAGCAUGCUAUGCUACAUUGAACAAGGCAUGUUUGCAAAAAUUGAAGAUGACAAGAUUAUGCGGCGUUUCCAAGGUUACAAUGAUCGCAGAUGCCAAUUACCCAGAGCCAUCGAUAGGACUUAGCGAGUUAGUGGUAUGUUUUGUAUUUAAGAGUUUUUUUUUUACCUUAAUUCUUAUUUCCCAUGCCGAUAUAUGAUAUAUAUAUAUAUAUAUAUAUGUGUGUGUGUGUGUGUGUGUGUUUUGAUGUACAUGCAGCUCGAAUUCUCAAGUGGAUUAGAUGACUUUUGGUGCCAAAUUGUCAAUACUUCACGGAGACUGGACAUCUCAAUAUGGCAUGGUAUUUAACUAGAUAAGCUGCAAUGUUUUGUGCCUUUA